AUGUUGGGAGGUUCAAUUUCUGCUUUAUUCGCUUUGGCAUCCAUGGUUAAUGCUGCUGCUUCAGGUGACCAUGUUGACAUUGUCAGUGCUGAACAAUAUUUACAAAAACCAUUGAGUGGGUUCCAUCAUGGUUCUCAAUCUCCAUUAGGUGUCUCUGAGACUUACAACUAUUGUAACAUGCCUAGGGUUAAUAAUGUCACUUAUACUAAAGUUUCAGCUGAUUAUGAGUUGGUUUAUGUUGAAUUGAUUCAUCGUCAUCACAAGAGAACUGCUUAUGCUUCAAAUAUGUUGCCUGGUGAUAUUAAAGAAACAUAUAUGCGUUAUCCUCAAAUCACCACUGGUGGUAAAACUGAUUCUUUCAAUCAUGGUCGUGAUUUAUUUGCUGUCUAUCAUGAUACUUUGGGCUUUUUACCAACCGAAUAUGAUGCUUCUAAAGUCCAAUAUAGAGUGACAAAUAAUAACAUCACUACCCAAGUUUUUGAUUCAUUAAUUAAAGGGAUGUAUCCAUCUUUUAACAUUACUCCUGAAUUGAGAGCAAAUGAUAACUUGGAACCAAAUUUGAAAUGUAAACAAGCUGAUAAUUUGAAAACUAAAAUCAGAUCAACAGAUAUUUGGUAUCAAGAAUCCAACAUGACCAUUUAUAAUGAACUAGCAAAGCAAGAUGGUAUUAACUCUACAGGAUAUUCUGGAUUUUUCGGUUCAAUUGAUCAUUUCUUUGAUAAUUUAUCUUCAAAGACAUGUGCAGGUGAUGUUUUAAAUGUCACAGAUGCUCAAUUCAACACUGUUAUGAAAUUAGGUCAUUGGGAAUAUGAUUACACUUUUAGACAAUCUCCAAAUGCUACUGAGUAUGGUAUUUAUAGAUUUGGUAACUGGACUUUAGAGCUAGCCUCACAUUUACAAGCUUCAAUUGAUGGUACCAGUCCAAUUAUCUAUAAGCACAACAUUGCACAUGAUGGUUCAAUCUCUGCAUUGACUGCUUUGAUUAAAGAUUUCACAGAGAUUAAGAGUUUCCAAUGGCCAGGGAUGGGUGCUGAAUAUGUUUUCGAAUUGUACAAGAAAGGCAAUGAUCAUUAUUUGAGAAUCUUGUAUGCUAGUCGUGAGUUGGUUUUCGUUGAUGUUGAUGAAUUCUUUGAAUAUUUGAAUCAUUUGAACGUUGGUGAUAUUAGUACUCAAUGUUCUUGA